CCUGUUCCGGGGCCAUGCGCCUUCUUGACGCCAAUAGCUCCUGGCCGCUUCAGGCCCGUUUUUUGCAAGACGCCCGAGGGUGGCCAAGCAGCAGCAGCCUCCGGACGACGGCGACAUGACCCGCAUCACGAAGAUGACGUCGUCGCCGUUGCCGGCCUCAAAUAAUCCGCAGUCACCGUCAUCGUCGCAGCAGACAACGACGACAACAACAACGACAUCCUCCUCCUUUUCAAUCAUCUCGCACCCGCCCCGCCCGGACUCGCCCGCCGGCAGCUUCUACGCCAUGAGCGACGACGAAGAGGGCGACUACGACACCAUCGCCCAUACCGAGACCGGCCGCGGCGUCAAGCUGCUCUUCUCCAAGUCCAAGGUGUACAUCCACCCGACCCCGUCCGCGCGUGACAACAUCCCCGGCUACAUCGCCUUGCUGCAGCAGAAAGGCCGCCUCCUUACCCGCAGCACCGCUGCCACCGCUAGCACAGACGGCCGCCCGACCUCCUCCUCCUCCUCCGCGUCCCCGGCCUCCUCCGACCUGCUCCUUGCCUGGGUGCCCGAGUCGCAGCUCGGCGCCGCCGCAUCCAUCUACGUCAAGGUGGACCUCAGCGACGCCGACUCGCCGCCCAAGCAGUCCUACCUGGUGCCGCCGCCGCCGACCGUGACGGCGCACCCGGGCAGCGCGGUCGGGCACUACGCCUUCGCGGUGCCCGUCGCGGCCAUCUACUCGCUGCUCGUGCGCCCGCCCAGCGUCGGCUGGUGGUACGGCAGCGUCAUCAUCAACUCGCGCGCCGGCGACAGCUUCCCGCCGCUCUUCUUCCACGACGACGAGUGCCAGAGCACCAUCCUGCAGAAGCGCCGCCGCGCCCGCGACCGCUUCGACCCCUUCGGCGAGCAUGGCGAGAUGUUCUGGGGCGGCGACGAGGUCCUGCGCUGGCUGAGGCGCUACGUCGUCGUCGAGAGGAGCGUGGCCGAGCCCAAUGUGUACUUGGUGGAGCCGAGCGAGGAGGAUAGUUUGGCGUUUGGCGGCGGCCGGAGGGGGUUUGGUGGUGGUAAUGUGAGAGCUGGGGUUGGUGGGAGGGGUGGUUCUGGUGCUGGUGCCGCUGCUGCUGCUGGGGGAGCGAGAGGCGCUGCGGGACCGUCACGGGCCGCUGCGGCGGACCGCGACGGCGGCAUGGACCCGUUCAUGAAGUUCGUCAAGGAGACCGGGUGGAACAUCAUGGAGAAGUUCAGCAAGGUGACUACCUUCACGCGGCAGGCCGCGCAGGACGUGCUGGACAACCCGCGCAUGCCGCCGCAGGUCCGGAGGCUGCUGCGCAACCCGGAGGUGCAGACGCUGCAGGAGGAGUUUGACAGCGCGCGCAUCUACCUGGCCCGGUGGGCGAUGGGCAUCGCCGAGCAGAGCGAGCGCGACCGGAACCAGAGGAUAUGGACCGCGAGGGAGGUCAUGGAGCUGGAGGACACCGACGUCGGCGAGUUUGAGCUGCUCGACGCCACGAGCAGUUUGACGCUGGAGCAGAACCGGAAGCCCGUCACCCUCAAGGAGUGGAAGAGCUUCUUCGACCCCCGCACCGGCCGCCUGUCGGUGACCGUGGACGAGGUCAAGGAGCGCGUGUUCCACGGCGGGUUGGACCCCGAAGACGGCGUGCGGAAGGAGGCCUGGCUGUUCCUCCUCGGCGUGCAUGAUUGGUACAGCACGAGCGACGAGCGGAAGGCCCAAGCGGCGUCGCUGCGGGACGCGUACAUCAAGCUGAAGGGCGCCUGGUGGGAGCGCCAGAUUGACAGGGGCGGGGAUGGCGAGGAGGGCGAGUGGUGGCGGGAGCAGCGUGGCCGGAUAGAAAAGGACGUCCACCGCACCGACCGCAACGUGCCCAUCUUCGCGGGCGAGGACCUCCCGCACCCGGACCCAGACUCGCCCUUCGCCAGCGUCGGCACCAACGUACACAUGGAGCAGCUCAAGGACAUGCUGCUGACGUACAACGAAUACAACCGCGACCUGGGCUACGUACAGGGCAUGUCGGACCUGCUGGCGCCCAUCUACGCGGUGCUGCAGGAUGACGCCAUGGCCUUCUGGGCCUUCAAGUGCUUCAUGGACCGCAUGGAGCGCAACUUCCUGCGCGACCAGUCGGGCAUGCGGGCCCAGCUGCGCGCCCUCGACCACCUCGUGCAGUUCAUGGACCCCAAGCUGUACGCGCACCUCGACGCCGCCGAGAGCACCAACUUCUUCUUCUUCUUCCGCAUGCUGCUCGUCUGGUACAAGCGCGAGUUCGACUGGCUCGACGUGCUGCACCUGUGGGAGGUCCUGUGGACCGACUACCUGAGCAGCAGCUUCCACCUGUUCGUCGCCCUCGCCAUCCUGGAGAAGCACCGCGACGUCAUCAUGGCCCAUCUCAAGCACUUUGACGAGGUGCUGAAAUACGUCAACGAACUCUCCUGCACCAUCGACCUCGACCCGACCCUCGUCCGCGCCGAGGCCCUCUUCAAGCGCUUCCAGCGCCUCGUCAACGCCGUCGACAAGAAGGCCAACUUCCCCGCCCCGCGGCCGCGCCUGCCGCCAGCCGCGUCGUCUGCGUCACCUGGCGCGCCUACAACUACUCAUACUAAUGCUAGUGCUAGUACCCCGAGUAGCGGUGGUGGUCGUCGUGGAAGUGGAACGUCGUCGCCGCAAGCCGGCAAGUCUGCUGCUCCCCAGCAGCAGCAGCAACAACAGCAGCAGCAGCAGGCGCGAACGGAGAAGGAGAGGGAGAGGGUGAUCACGCCGGAGCUGAGGCGGUUGCUGAGCCGGCAGGUGGAGGUGCUGCCGCGGAAGGAGGUGGCGAAGAAGGGCGACGGGACGUCCGGUGCGCGGGGGUGGUAGAGCCGGUAGAGUUGGUGGGUGUUUGGGUUGCUUGGUUGUAUGUACUCCGUAUUUAAGAUGGUGAUUGGCAAUGUGUAAAGGAGGAAGGGGCAUGGGGGGUUUGGUCUCGGUAAAAGCGGCGUUUGGUUUUUUGUUUUAUUUGUUUAUAUCUUCUUCUACCAUUCGUCUUGUGUUUGUUGUUAUUAUCAUCCGUC